UAGAAAACUUGUCUGUUUUUAUAUUUCCUUUUUUUUUUUUUUUAUCUUCUUCUGUUUGUGGCUAUACUUGCUUACACUUUGCACCUUUCCCUUCAUAUGAUCUUGGAGACUUUUAAACUAUAGCCUUUUCUGAAACCUUAUAGUAUGGGUCGAAGAGAUAAGGUAAGUUCUAUAACUUGUUUGUUCAUUAUCACCAGUGAAAGGUCAAGAUUUGAGCAUGCAAAUCACUAAUCAAAGACCCCCAAAAUGAAUUAAAAUCAUUAUCUUAACAAUAAAAAAACCCAAGUGAUAUGAACUUGUGUGUUCUUUUAAUUGGAAAGUGAUUAUAAAAUAGAUAAUUGUGUACCUAUACCAUCAAGCUUUGCUUGGGAAAUGGUUUAUAUGAAGUUAUGAACUAUCAUCAAAUAUGAUAGGUGCGUGACCCUACUUCACUCAAACACUAUCCUCAAACCAUAUCAUAUCAAUGAGUUUGAUUCUCUCUCUCUCUCUCCAAAAUCCAAAUUGUCUAGUGUCCAUUUCCUCAAUUGCUCACCACAAACUGUCUUCAGAUGUGGCUGUUUUUAGGAUACAUAACAAAAACUUCCUUAUGGCUCUAGCAAAGAUUUUUCCCCCUUUUUCCCAAUAAGGUAUCUGAAUAUUUGUUGGUUCAGUUUAGUUAUAUUGGUAGUAAUUUAGUAAAGCUAUAAAAGUUUUUUGUUAAGUAUAUGAUAUUGUUAUAAAAACAGAGUGGAUAUGGGUUGUUUGUGAACUUUGAUUUCUAUCUUUAUAACACUUAACAACUGGAUAACAUCAAUGCACAACCUACUUGUGUCCUUCAUGCUAUGUAUUGUAGGGACUUGGCCAGAUUAGAUUUACAUUGUUCAAAAUCUCUUUCUUUUUUUUCUAAUGGCCCCACUCUCCCACCCACAUGCUCCUCUCUCUCUUCCUGGCCUAUUUAUUUGACUCCUUCAACGUGCCCUCGAACUCCACUUGAAGCAAAGAUAACAAAAAAACACACAAGACUUGUUUCUACAGAGCAACCAAGUCUCAAGAAAGGUAGAUAUGGCUAUGGAGUUAGAGCUUGAUGAUGAUGUCUUCUUCGCAGACAUAAGCAAACAGAUCUCUCUUCUCAUCAUGGAUGAAGAUGAACAGUUCAACCCCGUUUCACUCUCUUCCUCCUCCCCUCUCGCGUUCCAGAGUAUGUUCAGAGGAGGCUACCAAACGGCUCCAUAUAUGUAUCAUCAAGAACAGAGUAAAGGGACUGGUGUUUUCAUCCCUAAAUCUUCUCAGGCCAGAAGAAGACCUCAUCAUCCUAAGCAAGGCAGGGUUAGUUCCUUCAACAACAAGCAACAACACUCUCUUCAUAAAAACAGACAACAGUAUCAGCAGAAUCAUGACAACUUGAGAGGUACCCUCACCACUCACAACAACAAGAGCAGCAUGGUAACUAGUAACGUUCAUGCUUCUUUCCCAAGAAGAACCUACAGAGAUGCAGCAUCUAUCUACUCUUGAUUAAAUUAACAAAUAUUCUGCAAGAUUCAUUGCUUUUGGUGUGAUUGAUUCAUAUAAUAAUAUAAUAUUUUUUUUAUAGAUGCAUAAGCUUUAUUUGUUUGUAAAUCAGGAAGAAUAAAGAUUCUAUAAGGAAGGAAGGUACUUGGAGAUGUGUUCCAAGCUUGUUCUUGUUUUAAUGCAACUCUUUCUUGGUUAUUUUAGAGAUGAUAUUUCACUGACUUCUCUAUUUGUAAAAUAUGUUUUUUAAGGAUUAAUAAAAAUCAAGUUGCGAAA